GAUUGAUCCCUAGCGCCUCCUCCUCUUCGAGUCUCAGAGACUCUCGCCGCCUUCUCUUCGAAGUCACACGCAUCCCAGGGCUUAAAGCCCAUGCUUUUCUGAAUAUACUGUUGAGCCGGCGGCCAUCGCUAAAUUUGUCCUUCUGACUCAAGAGUCUAGCUCAGCCUCUGUUAAAACUGGUUUAAUCAGUGACAGUGCGUACAAUUUGCAAGGACACGAUCCAUUAGUGAAAUCACCAAUGGAGUAAAUUGAUAUUCUGUUUGAUAGUAAUCUAUAACCUUGUCAUCAAUGGCUCGCAAGGGAAACCAGCAGAGGAAUGGGUCGGAUCACCAUUCAUCAAGCCGCAAAAAACGAGUUUCAGAUCAAGGGUCUGCAUUGCCAAAUACACAUGAGAGAGGAAAAGUAAAUGAGGCAAAGAUUGGUUCUGGGGAAGAACUUGCUAGUGGUGAUCAGCGAAGGAUACCUUUAACAGAAAGCGUGGAUAAUACAGAUCAUGUAGGCAAUGAUAGGAAAAGCAAACCAAAAUCUGAGAAAUUUCUCAGAAGAGAGAAGCAAGGUAUGGAUGCGAGACAGGAUAUCAAGCAACCGCUGACAGGUGGCAGUAAUUCAGGAGAUUUUAUCGAAAGGAUAUCCUCAGUGGAAGUAUCUGAUUCAGGAGAUGAUAUUGGGGCAUCUCCUAAUGGUAAUUAUGAUCCAAAAGAUCCAGAAAGUAAUUUUAGCCGCUUGCCGAACAGAUCGCACACAGAUGAUAUGGUGGGAAAUGUAGAAUUCUCAGGUACAGUGGUUGUUAAACGCCUGAAGGAUUUAGCAUUUUCUAUUUGUAAGGCAUCUACUGAUUGGCUAGAAAGGCAGAAACCAUUGCUUGUUGCUUUGAGAAUGAAUAUACUGAACUCCCGUGAUUAUGUUCGAACGAAGAUUGAGCAUGCAUAUCCAAUUUUCUUGAAAUGGAUCAUGCCUUUUGGGAACAUACUGCUUCUACUAUCUAUCGUUUGGUUGGACUGUACUCUCAGGGGUAUUGACUCCUUUCUACGCCUGGGGACGACAUCAUUUUUCUCAGUUAUAUGGUGCAGCAUAUUCUCACUCAUUGCAAUGAUCGGAAUGUUCAAGUUUCUCAUGGUUCUGGGCAUAGCUGCUGUGAUGGCACUUGUUCUUGGGUUCACCAUUGCAUUUGUGUUUAUUGCAAUGUCUGGGGUUGUAUUCUUGUGGCUGUAUGGAAGCUUUUGGACAACAGCACUUGUCAUUGUCUCUGGAGGGCUGGCAUUCACGUGGAGCCAUGAACGUCUAGCACUUUUUAUCGCCACUUUAUAUUCUGUAUACUGUGCAUGGAUGUAUGUUGGAUGGCUUGGUUUACUUUUGGGUUUGAAUUUGUCAUUUAUUUCAAGUGAUGCUGUGAUAUUCUUCCUGAGGAACAAUGUAAAUGAGCAUAGAGGGCCUAGACCCCCUGAACAAACAGCUGGAAUCGGAGGUCAACCAGGUUUCUUCCCGGGUGAGCCAAUGCAUGGUUCAUCCUCUGAAGUUGGUUCUGGUCUACCUGCUGAUCGUAGUCCAGGAGUACCCUCAACCAGUGGAUCUGAAUCUGAGAUAACGUCGGAAGAUGAAGUUAUUAGGUUGUUAAAGUCUACAGAUCACUAUUCGGCUUUGGGCUUGUCCCGAUUUGAAACUGUAGAUGUUUCCAUUCUCAAACGGGAAUAUAGGAAAAAGGCAAUGCUGGUCCAUCCUGAUAAAAACAUGGGUAAUGAAAAGGCUGCAGAAGCUUUUAAGCAACUUCAAAACGCAUAUGAGGUUUUACUUGAUUCUUUUAAGCGGAAAGCAUACGAUGAUGAACUGAGAAGGGAGGAGCUGCUGAAUUAUUUCCGCACAUUUCAAAAUGCUUCUCAAAAGAAUAGAGGGCAGGGGUUCUUUGCCUCUAGAUUUGCUCACACAGAAGCUGAUGGUGAGGACCCUCAUGGAGAGUCCAGACGGAUUGCUUGCAGGAAGUGUGGCAACUUUCAUCUCUGGUUUCAGACCAAGAAAAUAAAAUCUAGGGCACGAUGGUGCCAGGACUGCAAAGAUUUUCAUCCAGCCAAAGAUGGAGAUGGAUGGGUUGAGCAGUCUUCACAACCCUUCUUUUUCGGAAUAUUGCAGAAGGUAGAUGCUCCUUCUGCAUAUAUUUGCGCAGAUAGCAAGAUAUAUAAUGCAACUGAAUGGUAUACUUGUCAGGGAAUGAGAUGUCCAGUGAACACACACAAGCCAAGCUUUCAUGUGAACACGAGUGUAACCUCAAAGCAUAACAAUGGGAAGGGAACGAGCUCCGGACAAAGAGGUGGGAUGCCGGCAUCUAAUAUGGAAGAGACCAUGACGGAGGAGGAAUUUUUUGAGUGGUUACAGAAUGCCGUGCAAGCUGGCGUGUUUGACAAUUAUGCUGGGAGUAGUUCAGAAAGUCCAUCUUCCCAGGCUGUAAACAACUCCAAAAGCGGGAGCGGUGGUGGUGGCAGUAGUAGCACUAGUGGCAGCAAGAAAAAGAAAAAAGGAAAGAAGCCAUGGUGAGCAUUUGGAAUGUAUCUCACACCCUGUACGACUGUAGGGUAAACAUUGUAGAGGGCUAAUAAACCUAGCCUAGGUGAAGGUCUGUGGGCUUUUACGAAAGGUGGCCCUGUGAGAGGUCUAGCUGCUAAUUGUAUACAUGCAUGAAGUAAACCACCCUUAAGCAUGCAGUUAUGUACAGCCUUUUUGGACCUUCAUCUCAUUUUGGUUCCGACAGAAAGGGGAGGCAUAUCAUAUUGUACUCACCAGUUAUUUAUGGAAUCUUGUCUUGUCUUGUCUUUUCUUUUCUUUUUUCCUUGUUUUUUUUAUUCGGAAAAAAUUAUACUAUUAGUCAAAAAAAGAG